UCAAUGGUGAAUGGAUUUGUCAACUCUAUUUUUAUCACAAGUCCUUUAAUUUUCUAGUCAGUGUUUUUUAUAUAUUUUUUCUAUUUUCACGAACAUUUAAAGUGCGAAUUGGGUUAUUUUGUAGUAAACAAGAGGCAAAGGAAGUUGCCCGAAACUCGCUGUUAAUGUAUUUAAGCAGUUCUCACUCAGAGACUUGCACAGACGAGGGACACAUUGGCUGAAUUGUUUUUAGAAAGCCGGACUACACAAUGGGAGCGUAUCUAGAUAAACCAAUCUUAGAUAAAUAUGAAGACAGCGGAGAAGCAAACGGUUUGAGAUAUGGAUUAUCGAGUAUGCAAGGUUGGAGGACGGAAAUGGAAGAUGCCCAUACAAUCAAAACUGAUCUGGGCAGAAAAGGGUGGUCGUAUUUUGCGAUUUUUGAUGGGCAUUCGGGGAAAAAAGCCGCCGAACAUUCUGCUGAGCAUCUUCUUAGUACCAUCAUGUCCACAAACAAAUUUAAGAGAGACAUUAAAGCUGGUAUAAGGGAAGGAUUUUUAGAAUUAGACAGGAACAUGAGUAACUGCUUGGAAUUAGAAGGAGUUCCUAUGAAAUCCGGCACCACCGCCGUGUGCGCUUUUGUCACGCCCGAUGAAAUCAUCAUUGCCAACUGCGGCGACUCUAGAGCUCUACUUUGCCGGCAGGGACAGCCUUUUUUCGGCACUCUGGACCACAAACCCUCCACGGUGAAGGAGCGUGAACGGAUAGUGAACGCGGGAGGCCGCGUGAUGAUGCGCAGAGUGAACGGAUGUCUGGCGGUUAGUCGGACGUUGGGCGACUUCGACUACAAGGACAGCUCCUGCGCCGACCAGUGCGAACAAGUAGUCUCCCCGGAGCCUGACGUCACCGGCCUGACCCGGGACCACGACCAGGACGAGUUCUUGGUGUUGGCCUGCGACGGCAUCUGGGACCAGAUGGACAACGCGGAGAUGUGCGACUUCGUGCGCAGCAGGCUGCGCGUCACGGACGAUCUGCGCGAAGUUGCCAAACAGGUGUUGGACACGUGUCUUUACAGGGGAAGCAAGGAUAACAUGUCCUUGAUCUUAGUUGUGUUCCCGGCAGCCCCCAAGCCUUGUCCGGAAGCCAUCUUGGCAGAAAAGCAGCUGGACGACAGGAUAGAAGAAUUAAUGAAAGAAAUAAUGUCGAACAAUGAGAAGGAAGAAUUCAGAUUUGAACAUCUAAUUGAGAGUCUUUUCAACUUGAACUUUGAAGAAAAGAUCCCAGGUUUGCCGCCCGGAGGCGGACUUCAUUCUAAACAAUCCUACAUAGCAGAACUGUAUAGGAAACUCUAUCCCGACAGCGCGGAGACUAUUACAAAGCCAUACGUUUACAGCGUGGUGGAACGGAGUGACCAAUGGGCAGAUGAUACAAUUUUGUUUAUAUCAUGUACAAUCAUUGAAAAAGAUCAUUCUCUCUCGAUGGCGACCAACGUUAGCUCUGAAGGUUCCACUACCAGUACAGCACCAAGAAUAUUUCAUAUAUCAUCCAGUUCGGAUGGUUCUAACUUUCACAAGUGUCCCCUUUGUAAGAGUUUCAAGAAGUACUUUUGGUGCAAAGAAUGUAUUCGAAGCGGGGAAAUAACCAGCAGUAGGAAUGACGAGAGCUACCUCAAUAUUCGAAGAGCUUUGAUUGAACUGGAAGAGAACAGGUGUAACAUUGAACGAACCUGUUCGAAGCAGCUAGAAGGGAAACAACGACGUGAUGCUCUGCAAUUGAAGAUAAGACAAGCGAAAGAAAGGAGCAGGGUUUUGCAGUUGGCUGUAGAGGAGAAGAGACAAAGAAAGAUAUCUCUAGGCACAAAAUUAAUAGAUUUGCGCGAACGCAAUAGGGAAAGGACCGAAAAAAUCAAAGCUUACAAGACAAAGAGCGAAGCUCUGGAGGAUUGUGUCUCUAAAAAAUGGGAGGAUGUGCGUUUGACUCAAGAAAAAUUGAACUCUAUGCACGAGGACUUGAAAAGAUUGUCGAAAUUACGAGUACAACAGUUGUUUAAAUAUGUCUUUCCCAUUUCUUUUGUCAAAGCUCCUAUGUCUUCGUUUUCUAGUGAGCUAGAAUCCAGUGGUGAUACUAUCACAAAGGAACUGGCUGAAGCCUCCCAAACCACCUACAUAAGAAACAGGUGGGUUUAUAAUGAUUAUAACAAUGAGAUGCAAUACAGCAUAGUGGCCCCGUGCUUGCCAGGUAGCGGUAAUUACUCGAGUUACAAUAUUUGGGCUCAAAACGCGGAUAGCAUACCAGUUUCGGAAGAUACAGAUGUGGAAAUGAAUCCAGCAUUCAGCAUAUCCGCUGCGCUGACUUACACAGCGCAACUGGUGAACGUCCUGUCGUUUUUUCUGAACGUGCGCCUACCUUUCAAAAUGGUCUACAGCGAAUUUAGUAGCAACACGAUCAACGAGCAGCAAUUCGCUAGAAGAGUGGCCAGAUUGAACGCCAACAUCCUGUAUCUUUGCAUCACACAGAAAAUUGACAUUAACGCUUUGCGUGUGAACGCAACCAUUCACAACGUGCUUCAGUUGAAGGAUAACGAAUCGGCUGAUUUAGGCAGACAAGGGCCGUUAGAACUGAACGAUCUGCAAAUGACAGUUCUGGAGAAAUCUAUACCGGCCGAUCUCAAGUCUAGCGACGACUCUGACUCCGACGAGGGGGACUCUUUUACCGUGGAAUGGGAAGCAGUACCCCACGUACAGUGUCCCGAGGCCCAAGCCGGGCCUGCCACAGUACAAUCAACCGUUCUCAACGCUCAACAGUCAAACAGCAUGGCGUAUGGGGGUCUGAUGAACAGCGCUGUUGCCAGCGUUGCCUCGAUGUGGCGCGGCCUCACAGGGCGGUAGUGCUUCAAGAUAUCCCUAGUAUUUAAUUUGUAUGUUUCUAAAUUUAGCAGUAAACGAUAUAACACAACAUCACUAUAUGUAACGCUACACAAUUUAAUAACAUUGAUCUGUCAUUGCCAGAAUUGUUUUUUUUUCAAUCAUACGUAUAUUUUUAAAUAAUAAUUUAGGGUUAAGUUCUUUCUAGGGUAUUAAAAAAUCAUUUUCAAUUUUUUUUAUAGCCUUUAGUUCCUAUGUAUUUAGUUCUAACGUUCGUCGUUUUUUUUUUAUGUAACUGUGACUUUAUAUUAGAAAAGAUAUUUUUUUAGUUAUAUAGAUACUGUACAUAAGAUUAUUGUUGACCUCAAAUAGUGAGAAAUACACAUACCAUAUUGUCAGAAAGUUUUACUAUUAUCCAGCGACAAUUGUUUGUGGUUGUUUAUGAAACUUUUUGAUCUCCUUGUAUUACUUGAUGACCUAUAAUACCAUAAGAGUGUUUAGAAUUUACAUUUGAUUACGAAUAAAUUAUAAGCUUCUUUUGUAA